GGCGCUAGGGCCGCAGCCAGCGUCUGCCACCGCAGUCCGGCCGGAGUCGAGUUCUCUCCCGCACUGUCGGCGCGGCCUGGAGAGGCCCGGAGGGAGCUAGGCCGGGGCCGCCGCCUGACCUGCGAUCUGCGCACAAAGGCGCCGACUCCGGGUCCGGGUCCGGGGCGAGGAAAGCGGCCACUGCCCGGGAGCAGCGCGGCGAUUCCCGGCGCGCCCUAUGCCCCCGCGCCCCCACCGCCCCCGCCGCGGCAGCCGGAGCGCACCGAGAGGACGCGCCACCGCGGGGCCUGGGUGCAGCUAGCGACCCUUGGUACCCCCACACCCCCACCCCCCAGCCCGAGGUGAGCAGUGAGCGGCGAGCGGGACGGCAGCGAGGCGUUCGCGGGCCCCCUCCUGCUGCCCGGCCCCGGCCCGCUCAUGGCGGCCAUCCGCAAGAAGCUGGUGGUGGUGGGCGAUGGCGCGUGCGGCAAGACGUGCCUGCUGAUCGUGUUUAGCAAGGACGAGUUCCCCGAGGUGUACGUGCCCACCGUCUUCGAGAACUAUGUGGCCGACAUCGAGGUGGACGGCAAGCAGGUGGAGCUGGCGCUGUGGGACACGGCGGGCCAGGAGGACUACGACCGCCUGCGGCCGCUCUCCUACCCGGACACCGAUGUGAUCCUCAUGUGCUUCUCGGUGGACAGCCCGGAUUCGCUGGAGAACAUCCCCGAGAAGUGGGUGCCCGAGGUGAAGCACUUCUGCCCCAACGUGCCCAUCAUCCUGGUGGCCAACAAGAAGGACCUGCGCAGCGACGAGCACGUCCGCACGGAGCUGGCGCGCAUGAAGCAGGAGCCCGUGCGCACGGAUGACGGCCGGGCCAUGGCCAUGCGCAUCCAAGCCUACGACUACCUCGAGUGCUCGGCCAAGACCAAGGAGGGCGUGCGCGAGGUCUUCGAGACGGCCACGCGCGCCGCGCUGCAGAAGCGCUACGGCUCGCAGAACGGCUGCAUCAACUGCUGCAAGGUGCUAUGAGAGCCGCCCCUGCCGGCUUGGCCCGCCUCCCGGGCCGUUCCCCCCGCCCCCGAGGACCCCACCGGACUGACUGCCCGGCGUCUGCCUUUCCGCCCGGCACCCGGAGUCCGGCGGCUGUGACUCUGGCGCCGAGGAUCGGCGGCGUGGGAGGCCCGGGCGCCCCCUCUCCAGUGUCUGUGUGCGUCCGGCUGCGUUGCACAGGCCCAGGCGCCCCGCCGAGUGCCAAGGGGCCCCCCUGAGCACCCUUUUCGGAAGAGCCCAGCCUCUUCAGAGUGUGUGGCUGUUUGUUCGACUCCCCGCCUCCCGCCCCCCCCCCCCCGUG